CACCACGCAGCCCCCCUUCUUCAAACCCACUAUUUUUUGAAACCCUCCAUUGCAGUCACGAGGUCUUAUUUCGGGUUGAACAUUAGGGAAUCAACAGCCAUUUGAUGGACUCUGCGUCUUCAUAAGUGAAAUUCAAGGACAGUCGGGGGCCUCGCCAUGUCUGCUGCCCGUGCCAAGUUGGCCGAGCUGCGCGCUCUCCGAGCCGCCGGAAAGAAACGCCUGUCCACCUAUGAGGUGGAGGAACAGGGCGACGUCUACGAAGAGGUCGACGACGAAGGCUACAAGAAGAUUAUCCGCAACCGACUCGACCAGGACGACUUCGUGGUCGACGACAACGGUGAGGGCUACGCGGACGACGGUCGCGAGGUCUGGAACGAGCGCGGCGGCGCCGACUACGACAGCGAGAGCGAGGACGAUGAGUUACCCGCCCGGAGCAAGGCAGCCAAGCGCAAACGGGAGGAAGAGAAGCAGAGGAAGGAGAAAAUCACCAACGGGAUCUCGAAAUACUUUAACAGCGGGGCUGUGCCGUCUGCGCCGAAGCCUAAGCCAGUAGCCACCGCAGAGGAUGAUGCGUUCAUGGCCGACCUCCUUGGAGAGGUCGAUACCAAUGUCGUUCCACAGCGCCUACCGACCCGAAACAUUGUCAAGUCCGAGACUCGACGCAAAGUCCGCAUCCUUUCCCCUCCGCUGUCGGAUCUAACGCGAAAGAAUGUUCGGAUUAAGAGGGAUGAAAAUAGCGACCCAGUAUCCCCAGUCAAGGACCAGGCGGAGAGCAUUCUCGACGAGGACGAUGAUGGCCCGCUUCCCAGCAUGGAUGAGGACUUCCCCAUGAGUGACCCGAUGCCUUCGUCGCCUAUUAGCAAGGCCAUCGAGAGAAAGACAACGACUGUACCAGUGAAGGUGGAAGAGUCCGAUGAGGACGACACCGAUUUGAUGGAGGUGGCACAAGCUACCGGGCAGAACGAAGCCAAGGCAGCAAGUAUCAACAUGACAGGCAGCCGACCUGUGCCGAAGCUCAAGAAGGAGUCGUAUCCCUCAAUCGCCAGCUCUUCCCCUGCCAAGGCUCUCCCGGAGGUCGAUGCGUCUUGGAACGACGUUCGAAGCAAGCUGAACGUUCUCAGCAGCCCCGCCCAAUCCGAAAUGCGCACCUUCGGCAAGCUACGUCCACAGGACGUGGUUGAGGAGGAUGGAAGCUUCCGCAUGUUCUGGAUGGAUUUCACCGAGGUAAAUGGGAGUCUUUGCUUGUUUGGAAAGGUCAAGAACCGACAGACGGGCUCUUACGCCAGUGCAUUCGUCAAAGUCGACAACAUUCUCCGGAAACUCUACUUCCUCCCUCGAGAAACCCGUCACAAGCAUGGACGUGAGACCGACGAAGAGGUGGAUAUGGAAGACGUCUAUCGCGAAGUAGACGAGAUGAUGUCGAGGUUAAAGGUGGGCAUGCACAAAAUCAAACCGUGCACGCGCAAAUAUGCAUUCGAGGUACCCGGGAUUCCCAAGGAAACGGAGUAUCUGAAGCUUCUCUACCCUUAUGAUAAGCCCGGGUUGCCCAUGGACACCAAGGGGGAGACAUUCUCCCAUGUCUUCGGUACCAACACGGCUUUGUUCGAACAGUUUGUGCUCUGGAAGAACAUUAUGGGUCCUUGUUGGCUCAGGAUCGAGGAAGCUGAUUUCUCUGCUGUCAACAACGCCUCUUGGUGCAAAUUUGAAUGUCAAGUAUCAAAGCCGGCACUCAUCUCCCCAGUGCCCGAUUCGGAAAAUCUGGACGCACCUCCUCUUACCUUGAUGAGUCUGUCCUUCCGGACGCAACUUAACGUCAAAGAGAACAAGCAGGAGAUCUUGGUGGCGAGCGCCAGAGUGUACGAGAAUGUCUCUCUCACGGACACUACACCUCCGGAGAAACUGCCUUGCAAGACUUUCACGGUCAUGCGACCAGUAGGCACAUCUUAUCCCAUGCACUUCGAAGCCGAAACUCGGAACCAACGAGGUACUUUCAUGCUAGAAAGAAGUGAGCAGUUCCUGCUCAGUAAAUUCCUGGCUCUUUUCGAAAAGAUGGAUCCCGAUGUCCUCAUGGGGCACCAGCUUCAGGAGGUUGACCUCAGCAUCCUACUCAGUCGACUCAAGGAGAAGAAAACGCCCGGAUGGCAUCGUCUGGGGCGACUGAAGCGUGGAGACUGGCCUAAAAACUUCAACCGGGGAGGAGGAUUCUUUGCUGAGCGGCAUCUGAUCGCAGGACGAUUGAUGUGCGACGUGGCUAAUGACAUGGGCAAGUCUCUGAUGAUGAAAUGUCAAUCUUGGAGCUUGACGGAGAUGUGUGAGCUCUACUUAGGACAGGGCAACACGCGGCAAGAACUUGACACCGAAGCAGCUUUGAAAUCUUGGGCCGGGACCAAAGAUGGUCUCAUGAAUUUUGUGAAUCACUGUGACGCGGACACCUAUUUCAUCGCUGCCCUUGUCUUGAAACUGCAGAUGUUGCCUCUGACCAAGGUGCUUACCAAUAUCGCGGGUAACUCCUGGGCAAGGACACUCAGUGGUACUCGCGCCGAGCGGAAUGAAUAUAUUUUGCUCCACGAAUUCCACCGCAACAAGUACAUCUGUCCCGAUAAGUACUCUUCCAGGCUACAAAAAGCGGAAGAGAAACUUCAGGAAGGUGACGAAGAUGACUCGGCGGACAAGAAGAAGAAGGACAAGUACAAGGGUGGUCUCGUCUUUGAGCCCGAGAAGGGCCUCUACGACCGCUUUGUCCUGGUCAUGGACUUCAACAGUCUGUACCCUAGUAUCAUCCAGGAAUACAACAUCUGCUUCACAACAGUGGAACGGACGGCAACCGCUGAGAACGACAAGGAAGAAAAAGUGCCCGAGGUUCCAUCGUCCGAGCAAGAGCAGGGUAUCCUGCCUCGUCUCAUCGCAACCUUGGUUGGUCGUCGACGUGAGGUGAAGAAGUUGAUGAAAGACAAACGCGCGACGCCUGAGCAGCUAGCUUUGUGGGAUACCAAGCAACUGGCCUUCAAGCUGACGGCCAACUCCAUGUACGGCUGUCUGGGUUAUACGCAAAGUCGCUUUUAUGCUCGUCCCUUGGCCAUGCUUACCACGUUCAAAGGACGUGAAAUUCUCAGAAGCACCAAGGAGCUCGCAGAGUCGAAGCAGCUUCGAGUCAUUUAUGGUGAUACUGACUCCGUCAUGAUUAACACGAAUAUGGACACUAUCAGUGAUGCCAUCAAGGUCGGUGAGGACUUCAAAAAGUCUGUCAAUGAGCGUUACCGACUUUUGGAGAUUGACAUCGAUAACAUCUUCCGUCGUCUCCUGCUGCAUGCCAAGAAGAAGUACGCUGCCGUCAAUAUCACAGAAGUAGAUGGCAAGUACAUCGACAAGCUGGAAGUCAAGGGUCUUGACAUGAAGAGGCGUGAGUACUGCUCGCUGUCGAAGGAGGUUUCUCAGAAACUGUUGAAUGAGGUUCUCUCGGGCGAGGAUCAAGAACUCGUUCUCAAUCGCAUACACGACUACCUGCGCGAGCUUGCAAGCAAGAUGCGAGAAUUCACUGUCCCGGUGCAAAAAUACGUUAUUUACACGAAACUCUCCAAGCGACCCGAAGAAUAUCCCAACAAAGAGACGAUGCCCCCAGUACAGGUUGCUUUGCGUGAGCUUGCGCGAGGAAAGACGGUUCGUCCCAAUGACGUUAUCUCGUACAUUGUGACUAGUGGGGACUCGGAGACUGCAUCCCUGCCGCCAGCCAAGCGUUCAUAUACGCUGCAAGAUGUGAUGAAGCCUGACUCGGAGCUCAAGCCCGACAUCGAGUUCUACCUGCUGAAACAGAUAUUCCCCCCGAUCGAGCGUCUUUGUGCUCCCAUCCCUGGCACUGAUGCUGUUCGGCUGGCGGAGUGCUUGGGUCUCGAUGUGCGCAAGUACCAAAUCAAUACAUCUAGUGCAAGUAAUCAGCAAAACGCCGACAUCUUCCCGCUGGAGUCGCAAAUCCCCGAUUCUGUCCGAUUCGAGAGUGCAGCACGGCUCACUCUCACCUGUCGGUCCUGCAAAGAGAAAACGGUAUUCGAAGGUUUGGUCGGGUCUACGCAUAUGUGCACCGCCAAUGGUGUGAUUUGUCCCAACCAAGCCUGCCGAAAAACUUUCUCGGUUUUGACUAUUGUUGCGCAACUGGAAACGCAAAUCCGGGCGCAGACGUCCAAGUACUACGAGGGCUGGCUCAUCUGCGACGAUUCAGCCUGCGGUAACCGCACCCGUCAGAUCAGCGUGUACGGACACCGCUGUCUUGGCCCACGCGGCCAUGCUGAGGGCUGUCUUGGUCGCAUGUCUUAUGAGUACACUGAGAAGCAGAUGUACAACCAGUUGCUUUACUUUGCCGGACUGUGGGAUGUGGAGAAGGCCCGGCGCGCGGCUGAGAAAGAUGGCAGUGGAGAGAAGAAAGACAGUGUAGCCGCAUACUCGCCUGUCAUCAUGUCGGUCAAGAAAGUCCUGGUCAUUGCGGGGUCGGACAGCUCCGGGGGCGCGGGUCUAGAAGCUGAUCAGAGAGUUCUGGCUGCUCAUGGCGUCUACGCACUGACCGCAGCCACCGGUCUCACUGCCCAAAACACACUGGGCGUGCAAGAUAUCUUCAUUGUUCCUGCUGAGUUUGUCAAGAAGCAGAUCAAUGCUGGCCUUGAAGAUGUCGGUGCAGAUGUUGUCAAAUUGGGAAUGCUCUCCUCUGCGGAGACCAUUGAGGCUAUUGCGGAAGCUCUGGUCACGCAUCAAAUUCCUACGGUGGUGCUAGACCCGGUUAUGGUGUCAACAAGUGGAUCGCAAUUGCUCCCCGAAGCCGCCGUACAGGUCUUGCGAUCUAAGUUGCUACCCCUGACCACUAUUCUUACCCCGAACAUCCCGGAGGCUCUGCUACUUCUGAAGGACUCCGGAGUCAAUGCCUCCGAGCCGACUGACCUCCCUGGGAUGGUACAGCUCGCUAGACAGAUCUGUUACUUGGGCUCAAAAGGCGUCCUGCUCAAGGGCGGUCAUCUGCCCCUCACCCGAGAUCACAAAAUUCCGCAGAAUCAAGACGAUGCGUGCAUCGUCGUCGAUGUUCUAUAUGACGGUGAGGAGGUCACGCUGUUCGAGACCGACUUCCUUAUCUCAAAGAACACGCAUGGCACGGGCUGUUCCCUUGCCUCGGCUAUCGCAGCCAACUUGGCUCUCGGCCAGAGUAUGAAGCGGGCGGUCCGGAGCGCUGUUCGGUUCGUCGAGGCAGGUAUCAAGACCAGCUUUGACAUUGGGAAGGGCAGUGGGCCGAUCAACCACUUCCAUUCGUUGCAUAGCCUGCCGUUUGCUCCUGGUCGCUUCAUCGAGUAUGCUCUGGAUCGUCCCGACGUGGAGGGGGUCUGGAGUAAGUUUACACAGCAUGAGUUCGUCCGGCAGCUGGGCGAUGGUACACUGCCGGUGGAGAGGUUCAAAGCAUACCUUGUCCAAGACUAUCUUUACUUGAUUCAAUUUGCGCGGAGCAAUGCUCUUGCUGCGUACAAGGCAGGGAGCAUGGAAUCUAUUGCCGCGUCAGCACAAAUCGUCCUACAUAUCCAGCGCGAAACAGCGUUACACUUGGAUUACUGUGCCUCCUUCGGGUUGACCAAAGAGGAGAUGGAGAAGACUCCGGAGACUAUCGCGUGCACGGCAUACAGCCGGUAUAUUCUCGAUGUCGGCCAGUCAGAAGACUGGCUUGCGCUACAGAUGGCUCUUGCGCCUUGCUUAAUCGGUUACGGGGCUAUCGCGCAGCGACUCUACUCAGACAAAGAGUCGGUGCGGGAGGGCAACCGCUACUGGAAGUGGGUUGAGAAUUACGUCGCUGACGACUACACCGAGGCAGUGCGUCUGGGAUCCGAAUUGCUUGAAAAGCAUAUGCGAGACGUCUCGCCCAGUCGGAUGGAGGAAUUGAUUAAGAUUUUCGUGCGGGCGACGGAGUUGGAGAUCAGAUUCUGGGACAUGGGUCUGGGUGGUGGCGAAUCUUGAUAGCCAUUGUUUGGUUUCUGGCACGGGUGAAGGGUGUGUUGUAUGAGUACUGCCAGUAGAAAGUACAUGGAUAUUUUGAAUCCAGAUGGUACAGUAG